UUCAUAAUUAUAUGAAUAACUAAAUAUCUACCACUUGGGAACAGUUAUCAGGAUGAAAUAUCAUCUACAGAUAAAGAACUUAAACAAUCAGUCACCGUAAUGUGCUAUAAAGGAUGUGUUCAUCUCCACAGAGGGAAGAGGAAAAGUCAUGUUCCUGUGGAGGAGCAUCUGUCCAGCUGUGCUCUGUGUCAGGACGUCCUGAAGGAUCCAGUCUCUACCAGCUCAGAACGUGGUCUGCAGGAGGUUUUAGAUGAACAUAGGGUCAGUCUGAGGGGGAGAUGUGAACAAGUGACUGAAGGAACUGAUGAAAGUGAAACCAGCCUCAACAAGAUCUUCACUGAGCUCUACAUCACACAAGGACAGAGUGAAGAGGUUAAUACCCAACAUGAGGUGAGGCAGCUUGAGGCAGCUUACAAGAAAAAUACCCUCCAUUACACUCCAAUCAAGUGCCAGGACAUCUUUAAAGCCUCACCUGACCAACAGACUCUCAUCAGAGCGGUCCUGACCAAUGGAGUCGCUGGAGUUGGAAAAACCUUCUCAGUGCAGAAGUUCACUCUGGACUGGGCCGAGGGUUUGGAAAACCAAGAUGUCAGUCUGGUGAUCCCGCUCUCCUUCAGGGAGCUGAACCUGAUCAAAGGUGAGCAGUACAGUCUUCUCAGGCUGCUCCAUGUUUUCCAUCCAACCUUACAGAAGGUCACAGCAGAGCAGCUGGCUGUCUGCAAAGUGCUGUUCAUCUUUGACGGCCUGGAUGAAAGCAGACUUUUUCUGGACUUCAGAAACAAUGAGGUUGUGUCUGAUGUCUCUCAGGAGUCCUCAGUCGAUGUGCUGCUGACAAACCUCAUCAGGGGGAAGCUGCUUCCCUCGGCUCUCGUCUGGAUAACUUCUCGACCUGCAGCGGCCAAUCAGAUCCCUCCUGAGUGUGUCGACAGGGUAACAGAAGUACGAGGCUUCACUGACGCCCAGAAGGAGGAGUACUUCAGGAGGAGAUCGAGUGAUGAAGACCUGUCCAGCAGAAUCAUCUCUCACAUCAAGAGCUCCAGGAGCCUCCACAUCAUGUGUCAGAUCCCAGUCUUCUGCUGGAUCACUGCUGCAGUUCUGGACCGCAUGUUGACUACAGACCAGAGAGUACAGCUGCCCAAGACCCUCACUGACAUGUACUCACACUUCCUGCUGGUCCAGACCAAGAGGAAGAAGCAGAAGUAUGAUGAGGGACAUGAGACGAGUCCACAGCAGCUGACGGAGGCUGACAGGGAGCUUCUUCUGAAGCUGGGGAGGCUGGCGUUUGAACAUCUGGAGACAGGAGACAUCAUGUUCUACCAAGAAGACCUGGAGCGCUGUGGUCUUGACGUCACCAAGGCCUCGGUGCACUCAGGAGUUUGUACAGAGAUCUUCAAAAGAGAGAGUGUGAUCUUCAAUAAAACAGUCUACUGCUUUGUUCAUCUGAGCAUUCAGGAGUUUCUGGCUGCAGUCUACAUGUUCCACUGUUACAUCAACAGGAACAGAGAGGUACUGAAGGACUAUAAGAACAUGUUUGGCAGUGAUCAGGAUUACCCAUCCCUGGAUGUCUUCCUAAGGAGCGCCAUGAUGAAAUCACUCAAUAGUAAAAAUGGCCACCUGGACCUGUUUGUCCGCUUCCUCCAUGGCCUCUCUCUGGAGUCCAACCAGAUACUCUUAGGAGGCCUGCUGGGUCGCACAGACAAACGUCCAGAAAUCUUCCAGAGAGCCAUCAGCAACCUGAAGGAGCUGAGAAAUGAUGGAUACAUUCCCCAGAGUAGCCUCAACAUGCUCCACUGUCUGACAGAGAUAAACGACCACUCAGUACUUCAGGAGAUCACAGAGUUCCUGAAGUCAGAGAACAGAUCAGAGAAGAGACUCUCUGUGGAACGCUGCUCAGCUCUGGCCUACAGGCUGGAGAUGUCAGAGGAGGUUCUGGAUGAGUUGGAGAAGUACAAAACAUCACAGGAGGGACGACGGAGACUGAUUCCAGCUGAGAGGAACUGCAGGACGGCUGUAAUUCCUGACAGUGGAUUCUUAGACUGGGAAGUCGUGGCCUCCAAUCUGAGAGAGCUGGAGCUGAAAGUCGGUCUGCAGGAUUCAGAGGUGGAGCAGCUGAGUUCUGGACUGAAGAGUCCAAACUGUAGACUGAAGACUCUGAGACUGGGGAAAUGCAAGUUGUCAGAGAUCAGCUGGGCUGCUCUGAUCUCAGCUCUGAAGUCCAACCAUUCCCAUCUGAGAGAGCUGGACCUGAGUCAGAACGUUCUGCAGGAUUCAGUCAUGAAGCUGCUGAGUGAUCUUCUGGAGAGCCCAGACUGCAGACUGGAGACUCUCACACUGUGGGGCUGCAGUUUUUCAGAGAUCAGCUGUGCUGCUCUGGCCUCAGCUCUGAAGUCCAACCCCUCCUAUCUGAGAGAGCUGAACCUGAGAGACAACGGUCUGCAGGAUUCAGAUGUGAAGCUGCUGAGAGACCUUCUGGAGAGCCCAGACUGCAGACUGGAGACUCUCAGGAUCAGAGGCGAGAUGAUGACAGCCAAGAUACAGAAGAAAUGUCCAUGAGGGAAUAUCGUCAUCUCAACAAAUGGCAGUGCGUUCAGCCCCGUAAUCCUGCAUGAGGUUCAAUUUCUGUCCCUCAACUCUUUGGAAACAGUCAGAAGAACGGCUACGGAGAACAUGAAGAACAGUUUUCAAUUAUGACAUUUUGUGUUAAUCACCCCGACUCAAUUAAUCCCACGUGACUAUUUUCACUCAUGUUCCCGGUAAUAACACGUUUUUCUUCAUAAACCUAGUCUAAAUAAACUGCAGUGAGUAACAUUUCCAUGGAGUAGGAGGAUAUUCCAUACAAAGAAGCACAUGAUGGCGUUUCUCAGUUUUUUUGAACCAGUGAGCCUGUUGUUCAGGUCUCAGGCUCGAAAAUGACAUUCCCAAAACAAAUGACCAUAACUUCACUUCUAAAAGGGGUAAAUGAAUAAUCUUUUUUCUCAAAGCAAUGAUACACCUGUGA